AUGCUGCAUCUCCUCCGGAACAUGCGCUCCCCCAUCGCGAUCUACUCUCGUGUCGUGCUUGCACCUCGACCAGCGAGACUUUGCGCUCGCCGUUAUACAUCAGGUGCAGGGGCGACGGCAUAUAGUAUCGAGAGAACAGAUGAAGAGUACGCUCGCCUGCAGGCUCAGCAUGACGCUGUCCAGAGAUACAUGGGCGGGAAACUAACGCCCGUGCCUGCGGAAGUCCUCCGGACUCCACGACGUAUUCUGGAGCUCGGCGCGGGCACAGGGUCCUGGGCAGCCCAGGCCGCACGGGAGUACCCCGACGCUGAGGUCAUAGCCGUAGACAUGUCACCGUUGCCAUCCUCAUUCAUCCCUCCAACAAACUUCAAGUUCCUCCAACUUGACAUCACGCAAGGCUUACCUUUGGAAGCUGCAACGUUCGACGUUAUCCACGCUCGCUUCUUCUUGAUGCACCUUCCCAAUCCCGAGAUGCACAUCGCUCGCAUCCAUCCUCUCCUCGCUCCUGGCGGCUAUCUUAUAGCCACAGACUACGAUGUUCGAGGCGACUACGCUCUUAACACACCUAUACUGGCUGCAGUAGCGGGACGACUUGAAUCACUAGCGCCAGUCAAGGGUCUUCUGCCGCACUUUGCCGCGAAGGUUGACGGCAUUCUACGCACCACUCAGGCCUUCGACGAGAUCACGGUGAAGACCGUGACCGUUCCAUGCAACCCCUCCCUUGUAUCUGAACCCACCUUACGGGUGCUCACCGAAGGCUUUCGUCAAUCCUUGGUCGCCGCUUUACCAGGAUGGCACGACAGUAAGUUGGUGAAACCAGAGGAACGAGAGACGUUUCUGCGCGAGAUAUCGCAACCGGGAAAAGACUGGUAUUGCGAGCAUGACAUCGUCUUUACCUACUCGCGAAAGAAACAGUAG